CGGACGUGCAGAUGGGGGAGAUGGAGACCUUCGCGUUCCAGGCGGAGAUCAACCAGUUGUUGAGUCUCAUCAUCAACACCUUCUACUCCAACAAGGAGAUCUUCCUGCGCGAGCUGAUUAGCAACGCCUCGGAUGCACUCGAUAAGAUCCGAUUCGAGGGUCUCACCGACAAGAGCAAGCUGGACGCCCAGCCGGAGCUCUUCAUCCGCCUCGUGCCUGACAAGGCUAACAAGACGCUUUCCAUCAUCGACAGCGGCAUUGGCAUGACCAAAGCUGAUCUGGUGAACAAUUUGGGCACUAUCGCACGGUCUGGCACCAAGGAGUUCAUGGAGGCACUCCAAGCCGGCGCGGAUGUGAGCAUGAUUGGUCAAUUUGGUGUCGGUUUCUACUCCACCUACCUGGUCGCCGAGAAGGUUAUUGUGACAACCAGGCACAAUGACGACGAGCAGUAUAUCUGGGAAUCACAAGCUGGUGGUUCAUUUACUGUCACAAGAGACACAGCCGGCGAGCAGCUCGACCGGGGAACCAAAAUCACCCUCUACCUCAAAGAGGACCAGCUGGAAUACUUGGAAGAGAGGAGAAUUAAGGAUCUGGUGAAGAAGCACUCGGAGUUCAUCAGCUAUCCGAUCUAUUUAUGGACAAAGAAGACCACCGAGAAAGAAAUUAGUGACGAUGAGGACGAUGAGGAAUCGAAGAAGGAAGAGGACGACGAUAUUGAAGAAGUCGACGAAGACAAGGACAAAAAGUCCCAGAAGAAGAAGGUGAAAGAAGUCUCCCACGAAUGGUAGCAGAUCAACAAGCAGAAACCGAUAUGGCUGCGAAAGCCAGAAGAGAUCACGAAGGAAGAGUAUGCUUCGUUCUACAAGAGCCUGACCAAUGGCUGGGAGGAGCACUUGGCCGUGAAACAUUUCUCCGUAGAAGGACAGCUCGAGUUCCAAGCCAUCCUUUUCGUGCCGAAGCGUGCUCCGUUCGACCUAUUCGACACCAGAAAGAAGAUGAACAACAUCAAGCU